GUAAACUUCAUAAUUUCAUAGAUGUUUGACGUUUAAAAUAACACUUGCACUGUGUGGGCUAUUAAAAUGGCUGCCAACUUAUCUUGGUCUGACUCUAGCAAAUUAGUUAGAUUUUUUUUUGUGUUUUGCUGAUUCAUGUAGUUUAAAGUGUAAUAUCGAUAGCUUAUUAUGCAGUGGACUAUCGUGGAAGUGUGCAGCUAAUGACAAACUAAUCUUGAAACGCGUUUAACCAUAUUUUAAUCAACAUCCGGCAAUCCAUCGUGGCUUUUAGUAAAGUCCAGCUAUCUCUUUACUAAAAGCAACUACCGAACAACGUCAUGCUCUACGAGCACACUUAAAACUUACAACGUAACUUGACAUUGGCAAAAUCAUCAUAAUUUUAAGGAAGCCAUAUUUUAAAAGAAGAAGAAUAAGUGUUGUCAGUUGUAAAUGAAAAGAAAAAAAUGAUAUGAAAAGUUUUCUUAAUUUCUAUUUAAAAUAAGUUGUUUUAAUAUGUGCCACCUCUUAAAAUAUCGGUAACUAAUUUGUUAACACCUUAUAUUAACUUUAAAUAUGCGUAUUAAAAAGAUUCCAGCUUUAAACCAGUAAACUACAACACCAUCGUAAAAUCUAUUUAAAAGUGAAGUUCUAAGCCCGUGCGUGAUUUCAAGUCUGUAAAUAGAAGCAAAUUGAAUUAGUGCGCGCAUCAAUUACAGUAUGCACCCGGCCGCGCGCCACAGUAGUCCUUAACGCAUGUAAUUAUUAUUCAAUAAUUCGUUUUACGCGCAAGCGUCAGUGUAGCUAUAGCGGGCGACAUGAGCGCGCGCGCAGCCUCGCCCGCUCUCAUAGAGAUCGCGGAGCCCGACGCCGCGGACUGCCCCACCCUCGCUUUACCCCCCGAAGGUAACGUCAAACACAAAAACUACAGAAUGCUCAACGAAAACCUCCGCGCCUACACCCCGACCGGAGACAUCCACACGUCACCAGAAAAAGGAAAGCUUGUUGCCAAGUUUGACGUAUCUUCAUCUAUCUCCCCGCCAAGAGCAAGAAUACUGGAGUUGCUCAGACCUGAUGACCCUGGACGUGAGAGCUUAGAAGCCAUAGUCCGACCAGUCUCAAGAAGAGGCUUAACUCGACCGCUUGACGAAGACACUAGAAGAUUCUUGCAAAGAGCGCUUCUAUCCCCAAGUCCUUAUGGUUUUUCAGCAGAUUCACCAGAACCUCUCCAUCGAACUGCUAAAGAACCUUACACAACUGAGCCUACGACUCCAGAACCGGAAGAAAAACCUCCACAGAAAAAGGGUCGGUCGUUAGCUGAUGAAUUACGUGAUGCGGAGGAUGAGACAAGUGAAAAGAAGGAUAUAUACUUGGAGUUUAUCAAGCGAGGUGGUGGUUUGAAGGAUGCAGUGGAACGGGAGAGAUUAGGGAAGCUCGCAUUGUCGGUAGAAGAAGACAGUGAUAGUGAAAGUGAGGACAGUUUGACAGUGGCCGCUCGGAGGCUGGACGCGUUGCUGGAGGAGUCCCGAGGGUUGCACAAGGAGCUGCAGGGCAUCCACCAGGACAUGCAGGCGCAGUGCGUGCGCGCCGGCCGUUGCGCGGCGGCGGCGCGCGCGCUGGACGCCGAGUGCCGCUCGCUGCGUUUUCUCGACGACGUUUUGGCACUCUUGAGGGGCGAUGUCACCGCUGCCAGUGCGCGAUCUUGGCCCUUCGCGUUGCCUACUAGAUUGCCUGGAAGAAACUAUAUAGUUUGAGGACCAGUUUCAUGGAAAUAUGGCCUCGACGGAAUGUGUGCGAAGAAUCUCAGGCACCAAGAAAAAAGUAGAGAGCAAAUACUCAGCUGCCUACCCACUUGGAACAAUGACAGAAGAUAAUUUAAAAAACGAAAUUUCGAAUAUAAAAUGACUGAGUAAGAAUUGGCCAAGAACGUGUGGAAUUCACAACGGAGGGUUUUGUAUCUUUAUAAUAUAGGUUUUUAUUUUAUUUUUUGUCAUACUUGCUUGUAAACUAUGUUAUUGUAUGCCACUGAGAUGGAAUGAGCUACAUUAUGCCCACGGGCGUAAUAUUUUUUUUUCAAUUACAUCACACCAAAGAGACUUUGAAAUAGAGGUGGAUUGUCAAAGAAAACUUUGUAGCCACAGUAAAUUUUAGGACGCCAUUUGACUUUGAUACUUAUUCUUUUACAAUGGCGCCAUCUAUGCAAAACUUUGACAGUUGCAAACCUCAUUUAGGGAAAUGGAUCCACAAAAAUCUGUCAAUACAAUUUGAAGUUUCUGUCAAAAAAAAACAUUUGUUUAAAUGGCAUAUUUUUAAGGAUGGAUCCUUUUCCCUAUAAUAUACAUCUAAUUUAGGGCAUUCAUUUCAAAGAUAUUGUCUGUAAAUAUUUUUAAAUUUUUUGCAAGAAAUUUUGAUUCUCAUUUAUGCUUUAUAAUGAAAUAAAUAGUUACGCUACAUUAAGUAUAUAAUAUAUAGGUAUUUAUAAAUCGCCUUUGGCAAAUAAAGACUAUGAUGAUUAAUAAUAAACAUUAAUUACGACUAGACAAUUAUAUAGUCGCAUCGACUGUCGACCAAUCACAGGUUGUCGCCAAGAUUUUAUUAAAUAAAAUCUUGAUGUCGCCAACAACCACAGUCGCCAUUAAAAUAUAUUUAUAUAUACAGGAUACUCAAAAAUUACAAAAUAUGCGUCCUUAAGGAGUCCGCUAGCAAGCGCUGAUGUACAAUAACAAUAAAUUUACUGCCAUCUUUCGACACAUGAUUAAAACUUGUAGAAUGCCAUUUAACUUUGACCCUUAUUCUUUCACUGAUAUGUGUUAAAUUUGUUAAAUAUUAAAAAAUGGCGCCAUCUAAUAAAUCAAAGCCAAAAGGUAUGGCAGUAUCGUAUCGAGCGAUGGCGCCAUAACCCCCCUUUUUGAUAUUUAACCAAUUUAACACAUAUUAGCCUUGCUCAUAACCAGACAUAGGAAUCCGUGGGGCAAAAUUGUUGGACAAGUAGGGAGUUCCUGUAUCGAUAAACUCAACUAUCGAUGCUAGUUCUAUAUACUAGUGAUCACUCAAGGGUUUUCUUGUAAAAAUACGGUUUUCUUAAGAGUAAAAAAAUAAUUAAACAAUAACUCAAUGUUUUCUUCUUCGUUUUUAAGACAAGACAAGACAAUUGUAUAAUUUUACUCCCUUAAUUUUAGACGCUUAGUACCCGAAAAUGUAACAUAUUCUGGUCGUUUACUUUAACAAUAGUAAAUGGGACAUUCACGAAGAAAAAAUUAUAAAAUUCUCUUGGAAUGAGUAAAAUUAUAAAAUUGUAUUGUCUUGUCUUAAAAACGAAGAAGAGUACAGGCAACCAAUUUGAUUCCUAGGCCACUUGAACCUUGUCGCUUUAUCUACUAGAUACAUGACAUGCAUCACUCAAUAAGCACUGUCGGAGAAGUGAUUGUGGCAUGGUUCUAUAGAGGCCUAGGAAUCAAAUUGGUUGACUGUACAUUGAGUUAUUAUUUAAUUAUUAUUUUUACUCUUAAUAAAACCGUAUUUUUACAAGCAAACCCUUGAGUGAUCACUAGUAUAUAGAACUAGCAUCGAUAGUUGAGUUUAUCGAUACAGGAACUCAGGAACUCCCUACUUGUCAAACAAUUUUGCCCCACGCAUUUCUAUGUCUGCUCAUAACUCAACAUAAUAUUUUCUUUAACCCGCUUAACCGCUCCGUGCAAGCGCGCCAGCUAGCGGACACCCUUACCUUAGGUUUUCAUAUGGUUUUGAUUAGGUGUAUGUGUUACAGUAAAACCCCGUUUUUAGUGAAAACGUUUGCUUAGUCAAACAAGUCACGGCUGUUAUGCGUGGGGCGGUGUUUUUGUCAGUUCAAUUGACAGCUACUCAUUGCUUCUAUGUCAAUGUUAUAAAAACUAUAUAGCGUAAGUAAAUAAUAUUGACAUGUUUGUCUGAAAUGUUUAAUUAGAAUGUAGUUAGGGUUAUAUUAAAUCUGGUCAUCAUUAACUAUAAUUGGGUACCUCAACUUGACUGUGCAUAGAAUAUGAAGCACAUCGUCUCCGCUGGCUAGGCCACCUCGAAAGGGGUCAUCCAUUAAUUACAUCACACGUUUAGGGGGAGGGAGGGGGUCAAGAAAAUGUGACAUGUUGUGACAUGGGGGAGGGGGGAGUCACAAACUUUGUGACGUCACUUCAACUUCAUCAGUAUUUAUUUAAAUGUUUUUAUUCGCUGUACAAUUAAAUAACGAGUUUUUGGAACGAUAAUUGUUUUAUUUUAUGUGAUUAAUUUUCUUUUGUAAUCGGUUUUGUGUUAUAAUUACUAAUAUUUCUUUUGCGAAAAAUAUUUUGAUGAAAUAUUAAUAGUACCUAAUUCGAUUCGCCGAUUUUGUUGAAAAAAAUUGGCAAAAAUGUGACGUCACACCAGGGGGGAGGGUUUUGCCAAAUGUGACCAAGUAAGUAAGUAAAUAUUCUUUAUUGCACCAACAAUUAUACAUUUUACAUACAUGUAAAACUACAAAUGAAUUUUAAAGGAAAAUAGAACCAGGUAACAACAGGCGGUAUUAUCGCUAAAAAGCGAUCUCUUCCAGACAACCUUUAGGUAGCAGGAAAUUUCGAACUCAUACAAAAGUCAACAGGUAGUGCAAGGAGCUAAUUAUGGAGACUAUUAAAUACAAACACACAUACUACUUAUAUAAGUCUUAAAACAAUACCUAAUAUACUAAUAAAUAUACAAUAUAAUAUAAUACAAUAUAUAUAUAUAUUUAAGUGUGACAAGGAGGGGGGAAUGGGUCAAAAAACCUAGAAUUUCGUGUGAUGUAAUUAAUGGAUGACCCCAAAGGAUGGAUGACGAUCGGACAGUCAAAAGGGCUUACUUGGGUAGUAAAUAUACUCUCAUUCUUUGUAUCGACCGCAAAACUAGGUGCAUUGUUGUCUAAUUAAUUUUAUAUUCUUGUCACUGUUUAGUAAUUGAAUUAGUUACAUUUUGUAUUUGUGACAUAGAAAACUGAUGUUCAUUCGAAAAUGUAAAACCAUGAUCAUGUAAAGUACCUAAAGUUUGAGGUCACUUUAGUCCAAGGUGUUUUGUAUUUAGUUAUAUAAAUAAUAAACACUGAGAUUCGCUUA